AUGGAAGAACGCUCCAGUGAAAGUGCUGGAAAUAUACAUGCGGAUGAGUCUUUUACUAAAAGCACAACAGCAACAACGGACACAAACGCCUGUGCUACUGCAGCUGCCACUGGUCUUAGCAGCAGCAGUAGCAGCAGCAUAUUGCGGAACGGCAGUAACAUGGAUGACCGCCAGGGCGCACACAACAGCCCCGCUAGAUCUUCCGUAAAGGGCUCUUCGGGCACUUUUAAUGGCCAGAAAAUUCGAUUAGAACGACACAAACAGCAGCAACAGCUGCAGCAGCAGCCGCAACAAAAACGCCGGCAGCAGCAGCAGCAGCAGUCACAACGUCAGCCCUCAGGGCAGAACGCUAUAGAAGCGCACGACGGUAGUGACAUAAGCUCUGCUGCUGUUACGCGUCAGCCUCACCAGCGGCUACCGCAGCAGCAUGCAGACCAGCAGCAGCAGCAAGAAGAGCAGCAGCAACUAGUACAGCAUCAAAAGCAGCAGCUGCAUCACCAUGAGGGCCGGCAGAAACAGAGUGAGCCUUUGUCAGCUGAGGAGGAAUUCCCUCCGCUUGCAGCUGCUGCAGGGUUUGGAGGCUCUGGGCAGUUCAGCACCAGCAGCGGCAGCAAAGGGCUUCUCUCCGCAGGCGCUGCAGUUCCUCGUAUCCACAGCAGCAAAAGCAGCAGCCGGUAUCGAGGUGGACCAACUGCUGCUGUAGCUUUAGGGCUUUGUGUCAAGCAGCAGCAACAACAGCCGCAACAAAAACAACGGCGGCGGCAACGGCAACCACAACAAAGGAACCAGCAACAGCAGAAGCAGCAACAGCGACCGAGGCACCGCGGCGGCCUUGGCGAGGAGGCCCCGGAGGUUUCCGCUGCUGCAGCUGCUGCAGCAGGCUUCGUGCCACAAGGCCUGAGGUACAGGGGCAAGCCGCUGGUGAAGAAGAGCGCCCUGAAAGGCAUGCGAAAGCUGCUGCAGCCGGAGAGGGAGCAGAAGCGAAUUCUUCUACAGCAGCUGCAGCAGCGGCAGCAACAGCAGCAACAGCAGCUGUCGCCGCCGCAGCAACAGCAGCAGCAAAGCGGGCGGCUUUCAACAAAGCAGUCAUUUUCUUCCCGUACAACGAACGUGAAAAUUGAAGCAGCAGCAGCGCCUGCUGCUGCUGCUGCUGCAGAAACUGCAGCAGAAGCUAAUCUGCAGCUUGAGCCUGUUGGUUUUGAAGGUUCGGAGGGUGGAGAUGCGGAUUAUGUCGUUGCUCCUGCAACGGCUGGAGCAGCAGCACCAACUGUCAGUGCUGCUGCUAGAGGGAGUAGGAGCUUGAGCAGCAGCAGCAGCAACGCCAGCACCAGCAGCAUAAGGCAACGACUGCUGCGGGAAGAAGACCUGCAACAGUGGCUCAUUUCGGUGCAAACAAAGCAGCUGCACAUGCACCCGGAACUGGGCAAGGUCAGCAGCAGCUGCAGCAGAAGCGGUAGCAGGAGGUGCAGCAGCAGCACUUUGUUUCUCACUUUCCACUUAUGCAGCUAG